UUAGAGAGAGGUCAGAGCUCAGCGCCGCCUGGUUUCCGAUCAAUACCUCAGUCGCCGGAGAUUUUUCCUCCUUUAACAGUCUCAACCUCGCCGGCAAUAAGCUCUUUUUCAUUCCCAAAUCACCAGACUCAAACAUAUCUUCGAAAUUUGAAGGAUAGCCGAUCUCCCCCUCCACUCUUUGGUGUCAAAUCCUAUGUCGAAACCCUUAAAGGCUACUCGGCAGGGGCUUACAAUCCACCGUCUCCCUCCACGCAGCUUCUACCAUCUACCCAGAAGACGGUCACACAAGAGACUCACGACUCGAAGGCGCCACCAGAAAAGGAUGGUAAUUCCCUUCCACCCCCUCAUGUGAAGAAUAUCAUACCAAUGGUCUUUAAAAUUUUUGAGAAGGAAUUUACACUAUCCACUUCGGUGUAUAAUAAAAAGAUCUGUAUUUCUGAGCUUUUCAAAAAAAAGAAGCACUGUAUAUGGCUAAGUUUGGAUGCUGGGUACUGGCUUCUUAAUACACUAUACAAAUUUACCACGGACGGAUCCAUACCUUGUCCUGUCAAGACAGAACACAACCGCUCACUCUUCAUUCGAUUUAGAGCCAGCCCCAAAGGAUCUUCUCUUCAACUUACAGAAAGGAGACAAGACGGGCGGAGUAUGAUUUUCAUCCCAGAAGGCCAACAAGGUUAUGGUUUUACAUCCUUCAACUCCAGAUUGGAGCUAGUACUUAAACACCUCUCUAGGACUACCCCCCUCCUGCACCCUUCAUUGAUAGGGCCUUCAUUUGUGCUUUUUCAACCCCAACUCCCACUGAUACCUCUAUGUACAUUUCCUCCACUUUAUUCAAGUUGGAAGUUUGCCCCCAAGAGGAAAAAACCAUACCCCCCUUCUCCAGACUCCCCCUCGCAAGGCCUUCCCUUCUUUCUGCUAAAGCCAAAGAAUUUGUUCCUAUAACACACUUCACCUCGCCACCGGCUCCCAUCUUAUGUCCAGCAGCUCCAAUAGCCUCAAGACUCACUUUUUUGGGAUGUUCAUCUUCUGACACUGAAAGAGAUAACACUUGGGACAUCUCUAAAGCCUAUGAAUCUGAUCAGGAGCAACAAUAUUGUUCAAGGAAAGGCCCUUUUCCAAUAGAUGAUGCCUCAGAAUGGGAAACUGAUAGAGAAUCAGAUGAAGAGGAGAGUAAAAGGGGUUCGCAUGCAAAGAAAAAGUCUAUCAAAAAAAGAAACCAAGAAAGAUUUGAAGAACUUAUAAGCCACAUUCAAGGAGGGGUUGUUAACAAACCUAGAAGGAGCAGGAGACUUGCUAAGCUCAGGAACGAACUCAUUGAUGAAAGGAACCUAGAGUCUUUGAACUUGGGGUAAGCCUAAGCCCGAAAAUAUGGUUUUAAUUUAGGACUCUAGAGUUAAUAUUGGUGAUUUAUUCUGGGAUGCAAUCUUUAAGCUCCUAUCAAGGUUUGGUUUAUAAGUUCAAAUCUUUAUGGGUGUAUCCUGCUGGAAUUAGUUUCGAUUUGGUCAGUAAAUUCUGGUAAUUCUAUUGCAUAGUUGUGUUUAGCACUUCCAAGCAUGGCAUAGAUUCAACUCUCCAAGCAGCUACAAUGGGUGGGAGAUUGCUCAAAGCUUGGGAGUGGAGCUGGUUGCACCUAGGACAGUUUUGUCUGCUCCCUUUGGAAUAUUUAGUAUUUUGGGAUUCUAAUUUCAUGACCAAAUACACCUGCUUGGAGAAUUAUUCCAAUGGAUCGAGGAGACAGACCUACACCAUCAAGCCCGGCAUGUAGCUGUUUCACUUUUUAUAUGUUUGUUGUUUUCCCUUUGUAUUCCAAAUAGGUGGACUUUUGUCUAGAAUCCCUGGACAGAAACUAGGCAUCCCAAUUAGACUUGGUAAGGUUUGGCUAUCCUGUAUGGGGUACGGGCAACCCCCACUCUCUUUUGUACUCUCUUUUUAAUUUAAUAAACAUUUCUCUCAAAU